AUGCCCAGCUCCCUUGACCAGCUCAAGGCCACUGGCACCGUGGUUGUGUCUGAUUCUGGUGAUUUUGCUUCCAUUGGCAAGUACAAGCCUCAGGACGCCACUACCAACCCUUCUCUCAUCCUGGCUGCUUCCAAAAAGCAGGAGUAUGCCAAGCUGAUGGAUGUCGCCGUCGAGUACGGCAAGAAGAAGGGCGGCGAUGUUGACUCGCAGGUCGACCACGCCCUGGACCGUCUUUUGGUCGAGUUUGGAAAGGAAAUCCUGAAAAUCAUCCCCGGCAAGGUCUCCACCGAAGUCGACGCUCGGUUCUCCUUUGACACGGAGGAGUCUGUGGACAAGGCCCUGCACAUUAUCGAUCUUUACAAGGAGCAGGGCAUCUCCAAAGACCGGGUCCUCAUCAAGAUUGCUUCCACCUGGGAGGGCAUCAAGGCCGCCGAGAUUCUUCAACGUGACCAUGGUAUCAACUGCAACCUGACUCUUAUGUUCUCCUUGGUACAGGCUAUCGGUGCUGCCGAGGCCAACGCCUACCUCAUCUCCCCCUUUGUCGGCCGUAUCCUCGACUGGUUCAAGGCCCACAACAAGAAGGAAUACUCCAAGGAGGAAGACCCUGGUGUUGCGUCGGUCAAGAGCAUCUACGAAUACUACAAAAAGUUUGGCUACAAGACCAUUGUAAUGGGCGCCUCUUUCCGCAACACUGGAGAAAUUACCGAGCUGGCUGGCUGCGACUACCUCACCAUUUCCCCCAACCUGCUGGAGGAACUUGUGAACUCUUCCGAAGUCGUUCCAAAGAAGCUCGACGCCGCUGCGGCCGCCUCGGCCAAUCUUGAGCGCAAAUCUUACAUCAACGACGAGCCUCUUUUCCGAUUCGACUUCAACGAGGACCAGAUGGCCGUCGAGAAGUUGCGCGAGGGUAUUAGCAAGUUCGCCGCCGAUGCCGUCACUCUCAAGGACAUUCUCAAGAAGAAGAUUGAGUCCUAG